AUGGACGGGCUGACCGUGGCCGAGCCAAUGGAGCAUCAAAACGGUCGAGGUGAGUUGGUUAACAUGCUGUAUAUAUUUUGUUUGUAUACACCUAUAGAGUUUUAUGUUACAGUACAUUUUUGAUAGGUUUUUUGAUAUUACGUAUCUUGUUACAGUACACUUUUAAGAAAGACAGGCUUUUGCAGUUUAUCAUAACAAAAGUUUACUUUUUUGAAAGAUUUUUUACAUUCAAGUAAAGUUUCUACAACCAAGGUAUCUACUAAUCACUAACAGCUAUUAGUUUGUUCGAAUGAUUCUGUACUCCUAACCCCAAAAACUUGCGUUGAGAAGUGGCUCAGAAUUUUUUGAACAACCUAAUAUUAUAAGUUAAACCAAAAGUAGCGGGACACUUUUUAUCUAUUUUUCAACUAAAAAGUGUCCCGCUACUUCCGGUUCAACCAUAAUAAUAUUACUAACAAACUUUUACGUGCUUCAUCGUUAAAUCACCUUACCAUAUUAUAGUAACCCCUUAAUAUAAUGUAAAUAUAAAAUUACAGCCCGACCGCCGAUGCUACAGUUGCCCAAGCCCAUUCCACAACGCCCUCCCAACCUCUACACCGGUCUGUCCAUUCCAACCAUCAACACUGAUGGUCCAGCGAUCAGUAUCAACCCUCCACGACCUCGCACCCCACCCCUAUCAGUAUUAUUCAAGCCAGAUAAUGCGGCUAGCGAUGCGGAUGGGCUUAAAAUGCUCAUGGUAAGAAUUUUUUAUAUUUUUUAGACUAACUUUUAGGCUUAAUAUGAUAAUUUUUAGCUAAGCUAGAAGGUCAGAUCAAAAACUAUUCUCUAUGUCUAUUUCUACCUUAUUCUCUUAUCACUUUUAAAAAAUUUAAAAAAUAAAAACGUCAUUUUAAAAGUCAUCAAAACGUCACACUCAACCCCAUGUCAACACAGACGAAUUAACAUGUUGUUAUUUCCGUCCUAAUGACCGAUCUAUUAGAGACGCCAAAAAGAACGGCGCAUCCUUCCCUCCGCCGUUCCCACCGUCCCUCCACAGAUAAACAAAAACGACUGAUAGCACAGGUGUUUUAAUGCCUCGGGGGAGUGAUGUGAGGGAGGGGAACGGAACAGGUGUUGUUAUAACCCUCAUCCCGAGGCUUUCCUGGGAUCGGGAGGAGAGUUGUCAAUCGACCAGACGAGGCAUGUUUUCCAAAAUACGAUUAUUUAUUUCCGAGAGUAGAAUAGGUCAAGUCGGUUCGAGAGGGGAUCCCGCGUUAAGUGGCAUGUUUUUUAUCAGCGUGGUCAUGGGACUGUUUGCAAAGACAUCCUUUUAGCUAGUCUUUAGCAAAAAGUCGUCUAUUUUUAAACCGAAAAUCGGUUUUUUUUGUUUUUGUAGUUUAGAAAGUAGAAACUUUGUCAAAAAAUCAUGUACUCGUGCUGCUAUAAGCAUCUAGUAAGAGGUUAUAUACGUUGACUAGAAUAUAGCGAGUUUUUCUUUUACCUGGUGUCUUUACUACAACAAGUUAUACCUCUUGAUCCUUAUAACAAGUUUUUUUGAACAGAAUUUCUGAUGAAAACUUUUCAAAUUUCUUUUAUUUUAAAAAAUGGUUAACCUUACACUGUAAUAUAAACUGUUUUUACAGACACCCCCUGUUAUUUGUGAACAAGGCCCAAGCGCACCAUCAUCACCGACCAGUCCCGGAGGCAGUAGGUCACCAAAAAGGCCAUCAAAUCUGAGCGUCGAUGCAUUAACACGCGUCGAUCUUGUAAGUUGCUUAUCAUUGUGUUUAAGUUUAGUCGGGAUUUGCUUUUUAUGAGUGCUAAUUUAGUAUGAACGUACAGAACGAAACUCUGAGAUAAAAUGAAAUACAAGAGUAUAACAACGAUAAGAAACAAUAUACCAUAAUAAUGAAAAUAUUGUGACUUACACCAGUAUUAUGAGUUUAUAGUAUCAUAAUUACAAUAUUGACCUAACAAAUCAAUAUAUCCUCAAAAUUUCAGCUGUCUCCCUACUACGUUCCCAACAUGGAUAUGAACAAACUCUCGCCUCUCUCCCCAUCGUACCCGACUUCUGAUCUAGGAAGCUCUCCCCGUUCAUCAAUUUCGAUUUCAAACUCCGGUCUCGGCCCCAACUGGACGUCGUUCCGUGAAUUGAAAAAGUGUAGCAGCGAGUUCGACAACGAAUCAGUCCGUGACGGUUUCCUAACGCCAGGAACAGCCUUAUCACCCGCACCGUUCUCACCCUUCUCCGACUGUCUCGAUCCACCAGAAACGCCGUACUCAGGCCGAUCGCCAGCACUGUCACCAGUACCUAUGCGACAUUCCCACUUCAGUUUCGACCAGAUCCGAAGCCGAAGUUCAAUGUCAAACAGAGGUCCGGAGAGUCAGGAACAAGCCCGGCUUCUGUUGCCACAGCCAAGUCUAGACUUGGAAGCUCGAGAACGGUCGCGGUCUGAAGGUGAAAUGCUAAAGAAAGCGGCCGAUGAGUUGAUGGACUUGACGACAAUCAACCACUCCACCGUCUCCGUACCAGUUUCAUCAGUUGGAGGUCAGUACAAGAAGCGAUUGCUUAAUAAGUAUCGACAAGAACAACAGUUAAAGGCGUCUUUCAACAGUACGAUAUCGAGUACGUGUGAUGAAGGAAGUACGAUAGCAGCACAGUCAAGUGUUGAUCCUGAUGACACAGAUCGAAGUGCUAGCCAACAAGUGUCUCGACAGCCAACGAUAGAAGAACCUCCGCCGUCUCCCACCUUCAACGAGCUUUUCCAUUCGCGUGAUGUAAGUUUUGGAAGUUUGAGAUGGUAUAGCGUAAUACCAACGUUAUUGUACAAAAAUUUAAUAAUUUAUCUAUUUCUUACUGAUAGCAACAGUAAUAGUAAUCAAAAAAGAGUCCUACCAGUAGUAGGAUUAGCAUCAAAAACCAUAACAUCAAUAGCUUUUAGUUAUCAUUCGAACGCCAAGUCCAAGUGGAAGAUUGGAUAAAGCAACAAGCAGUCGCAUUGGAAGUAAUAAAGAAUGCCAUGUUACCAAUGCAACAAGAGUCCAAUCUACUACAAGUUCCCAACUUUGCCGGCCCUCCAGAACAACAUCUACCACGAUCACUCGUCAAGAUGUUCACAACAGAAACUACGGCACCAGGCCCACUGAAAACGGCAACUUUAUGGAGAAGAUCACGGUCGGAAAGUGACGUCACACAACCUCAGAACGAUACGUCAUUCAUAUGUGAACAUUGUGGACAGGUAGGGCUCUUUCUUGAUUUUUUAAACUCAAAAGACAAGUUUUUUUUCGAACGUAAAAAAGUUUACCUACUACAAUAUAAGUAGGGAAAACUAGUAAAAUAUUAAAAAUCUAAGUCUUAACUUAUUUAAAAUUUAAAUUUUAGGGCUUUUCAAUGCACGACCGUCUAGCCAAACACAUUGCUUCAAGGCAUCGUGACAGGUCAGCGUCGAUGAACGACGAAAGCUCCAAAACCCAUAAAUGUACAGUCUGUAACAAAUCCUUUGGCCGAUCGGACAUGCUAACGCGUCAUAUGCGACUUCACACCGGCCUGAAGCCGUACUCUUGUCAAAUCUGCGGUCAGGUGUUCUCGAGAAGCGAUCACUUGAGUACACAUCAGAGAACUCACACCGGAGAGAAACCUUACAGAUGUCCUCAUUGCAACUAUGCUGCGGUAAGCGUGCUUAAGUUAACAUCUAGACCAUAAACGACAUCAAGCUAUUCAACAAAAACAUCAUGCACCCCCACAAAAAAUUACAAAAUUCACUUUUAGAGCCGUCGCGACAUGAUAACCCGCCACAUGAGGACGCAUCCAGGAUCAACCUCCCCCUUCACAGAGAUUCAAGUACCGUUAGGCCAGUUAUCGUUAAAUCACCCGCCCACACCAGAUCCUCCACGAUCAUCCACCCCUCCUCCAACUCUACAACACCAACAUUCAUUGCAGUCAGUGUUAGGUAACAAUCAGAUCAACACCCCUCAAACCAACCCCGAUUCAGCCAUGGAACAAGCGGCACGACUGUUCCAAGCUGCCGCAACUGGCAACAUUUCGCCCCAACUUAUGCUCAGCACUCUUGGACAUUCGUUGGACAGUAAGUUUUCUAACUUUUUGUUACCUAAAUUUUAAAAAAUAUAGCAAAACCUUAACUGAAAAUCGAAGAAAUCUCAUAUUGUUACCUAAAACCAGGAAAAAAAACAAAAAUAAUCAACUCCUUACCUAAAACAAUAUUCUAUAAUCAAAGUUUAAAACAUAAAAUUUCAGCUCAAAUCCCAUCGCUGAACAUCCGAAGAUCAACUCCCAACAUCUUCCAAUCCCUUGAACAAGCUCCCAACAAUGCCCAAGCUUUGAACGCAGCGAUAUCCAAACUGUUAUCACCUCAACCAACACCUCAUCUGACACGACAAGCUUCGAUAGGAGGAUUCGGCUUCAAUAACGAUACGAAUGGUCCUGGUUGA